AUGGCUCCAGUACCAGUAUAUGUUAAAGGUGGUAUAUGGACUAACUUGGAAGAUCAGAUUGUAAAAGCUGCUAUACAAAAAUAUGGUACGCAUCAAUGGAGCAAGAUCGCAUCUUUACUACAAAAAAAGUCCGCUAGACAGUGUGAAAUCAGAUGGAACGAGUAUUUGAAUCCCAAAUUAAACUUCACCCCAUUCACUAAGGAUGAGGACACGAAGCUGCUGGACUUAGCUAGGAAAUUACCGAACCAAUGGAGAUCUAUCGCAGAUGCUAUGGGCCGCACGGCGCAGGCAUGCAUCGACCGUUACAACAGACUCUUAGAGGGCGAUAAUGAUGACAGCUCCGACCUUAGACUUGGUUCUUCGAUCGAUUUCAAAGUGGGAGAUCUUAACCCGAAGUCAGAGACUUUGGUAGCGAAACCCGAUGAUGUUGAAUUAGCUGAUGAUGAGAGAGAAAUGCUUGCAGAAGCUAGAGCUCGUUUAUUGAAUACUCAAGGUAAGAAAGCAACUAGGAAGAUUAGAGAGCGGAUGCUUGAGGAGUCCAAAAGGAUCGCACAGCUGCAAAAAAGAAGAGAAUUGAAACAGGCUGGGGUCAAAACAGGUAUUAGGCCGGGGAAAAAGAAAUAUUCGACGGAAUUGGAUUAUAAUGUCGACGUUGUGUAUGAGCAAGCGCCACCUUCAGGUAUCUAUGAUACCUCCGAAGAAGACGUGCGAUUAACUAGGGAAUUCAAAAAUUUUGAGUCCAAUGUCGAACGAAAAGGCCUAAAGGACAAAUCGAAUUUGCCAAAAAGUCAUAAGAAGGAAAAACAGGCUCGAUCAGAUAGAACGCAAACUGUAUCUACAGUUCAGGCAAGAGAUGGAUCUGUUUUGACCAAUGACUAUAAGAAACCGGUUCUUUCUCUCCCGAUGCCAGGAACAAAAAGACCUGCUGUUGAAGAAAAAUUUGAAACGAAGAGGAUGAAAUUGCUGGAGAAUACUUUGACUGGUGCAGUUUUCAAAGAGAAUACAGAGACAAAAUUGUUAGUACCAGAAAAAAUAAAGAAGGAAGAACAAAAUAUUAGCAUCAACCACAUCGUCAAAAGUACGAAAUCCAUUAGGAAUCUUUUUGCAGAGCUCCCAAAACCCAAGAACGAUUUUGAAAUUGCUCUAGACGAUGAAGAAGACGAAGAAAGCAGGAAUCAUGAUGAGUUUAGGGAAGAAGAAAGUAACAAAGAAGACCUGCAUUUAAGUGGAGAAAUCUCAACACCAAAGGAAAUUGCAUUAAAAUUACAAUGCUUGAAUACUCAGAAAGAUGAUUUGCCUCCUUUAAGAGAAAAUCCAAAGAAUUCUUUCGAUCAAACCUAUAAUGAACUGAUUGCCUGUUCGAUGCUUAAUGAGCCGUAUAUUCAAAGUCAUGACAUUGAGCCUUAUUUAGAAGCAGUUGAAAUGGAGAUUGAAAAAUCAAAACCACUGACUGCUCGCACUGUGUCGAUCGCGGAAGAGCUACCCUCCCAAGUACAACUUUCGGAAUCGAUAAGGAAAAAAAUGACCACAAUAAAGAAUCUGCAGGAGGAAUUGGCCUAUCUAGACCCCCUUAUAGUCCGCAAUGACGCAAUAUCGCGGCAGGUCUGCGGCCAACAGUUGCCUACUUUGCGGUCUCUCCAACUCAAACAUUACGUUUACUAUAAGAUGUAUUUGAAUGAAUCUGAAGGAAUACUACAAAGAAGGAAACGCAUCAAGCACGACGCAACAACGUCAACAGAGUAG